CUCGCCCAGGAUGUUCAAAACUUCUUCCUUGGUGCUGCGUAUUACCGUGCGAAAGAGCUCCCUAUAAUCGGGGCUGAUUUCUGGCAUUGAGGUUGGAACGAGAGAUUCACCGUCCUAGAUGUACCACUUCCCUGCCCGUUGACUUGUCUAGGGCUUAGCCAGGUUGCAAGAGGGAGGAAUAAGGCAAUAGACGGUUCAUGAACGUACACUAUAACCCCUUCAUUUCUCUCCGUAUCUUCCAUAAAGGCACGGUACUCGUCACUCCCUUUGAUGCUGGUGACUGUAACCGGCUUGUCGUUGGAGUCGAUAUAAGCAACUUUGCUAAGAGAUCCCUAACUUCAGUAUUUCACAGGGAGCACUCGUUGGUAAAAUUGUACACCCACAUGUAUCUUGGGCCAAAGCUGAUACCAAGGGCUGUGAGGACGUUAGCAUGUUUGCCAUCUUAUCUAACUGUGAGGACUCGGUCAUACGGUAUGGUCCAGUGUUUGCAUCGGCAAAGACGACGGAGAGCAAUGAUAGGAGAUACAACUUGGGUAGCAAAGCAGAAGCCAUAUUGCUGAGAUUCGACAGUGUUAAAGGGACAGUUGUACGGAGUACUCUCUAAGACAAUGUGUUUUGUAGUUAAGCUAGCUCUGAGUUGAUACGAGGUUAACGCGUUGAAUAUGGGCAAAACGGCGAGAAGAAAGCGAUCUGGAUGAAACAGCAAAACAAUAAAAGAGGCCAGUUUUAUAACCAGCUGCCUCUCCAGUAAUCAGACACCCUGGCUGCAUAGCCCCAUGCAUGAUUUAAUAUUGGAUUACCGUGCAUCGAUGACAAGUAACCAGAGUACAAGUAAGUUAUAUAGAGGGUGUUAGUCAAAUAGAACCAAAAAGCAGCCUAUCCCUGCCUACGAAGUAACUAGUUACGUAAUCAAAGCUGAAACUGGAGGUGACUACUUACCUCUUAUCUUCACACCCUCUCUCGAGUUGUGAGCAAUCCAGGUGCAUACACUACUGAAAUACACUCCGCGGUAUAACCACAAGCGCAGGUUGAGGGCUAAUUACUAGUUAUGGAUGAGCUGAAUGCCGUCUGCCUCUACGGCUGCUCCAACUUGACCAUCAAAGUCAGCUAGAGACCCGCUUUCCACAAAAGAACGGCUUUGUUACUGUUAGCUUAAGGCAUCUCCCUGACAUGCACUGCGCCGGCGUUUGCUAUUAACUGUUGGUGGGCUACUUUUGUAUAUGCACCCAUCCGAAAGGCUAGAAAAGGUGAACUGAAUCGUGGCGUAUGCCUGUUAUACCCCUGGAGAGAAACCCAUAGGCUGGUUACUGUGCAGAACUGCAGGCCCAAAGACUGGGAGGGUAGGGGCUAUGGGCAGUUACAACACCCGCCUGCCGAAGCCAUGUUUCUUGUUCCUCUAGCUGCUGCUGCUGCUGCUAUUUCUGUUGUUAUUGUUGCAAAGUACACCUGCGGCAUGGCUUGUGACCCUGGCUUUGGGGGCUGAAUAGACGUCUUGAUUCAAUGCAUAAUGCGAGACAGGAGAUACUCGGGACCUCACAUGAGCCUACGGCAGGCUGAGUGUCAUAACCUUCAUGCAUCUCACCGGUAGUGUCAUGUCAAAGGAAUUGAUUCCCUGAGUUUUGGACCCAGGUUCCGAUUCUCCCAAAUCUACUCAAUGCGCCAGUUCCCUUUCAGCAAGCCCAUUUCCACAUCAAUCCAGAUCAAAACGGGAUAUUAAAUCCAUAAAGAGGCUUAUCGUGGCAUAUAUUAGGAUGUCGCCCUUGUUGAAUGUGGUGAAGAGCGUUUCAACAUCAUUGCCGAAGCAACACGGGUUGCUCUAGAUGUAGUAAACUUACCCACGGACGGUGAAAUUUGGGAUUCGCCAGCCUGGAAUCGUUAUUUUGUGCACCCUAGCACAGAAGGAGGGUGGGAAGCAAGUUUACCCCUUGUUAUUAUGAGGCGUGCGAUAUUCAUCCGUACUGACUGGUCAAUGUGUUGUCGUCAAUUGAAAAAGGGCGUAUAUUCCUAAACACCCAGGGUAUUCAUCGCCAAAACUUAGGCCAAUAUUGUGAUACCAUCAUUGUCAACUGACUUUGCUAUAGAGAAUAUUAAACAAGUCGGUAUUUUUCCACGGACCGGGAAGCGAAACCACAAGGGCGAAUUUGUCCGCAUGAAACAAGUGACUUAUCGGUGCGAGCUGAAAAACGAUGAGCGGAAAAGAAGGU